AUGUCGACGCCAGAGGGUGCGGCCCAGCCCAUCCCGACCUUUAAGAUCGACCUGGCACGCCCACCCCGCCAGCGCUACACCGAGGUGGUCGAGCGGUUCGGCCUGCGCAUGCGGUCCCUGACCUCCCUGUUCGACGACCUGCUGGCCAUGUUCAUCGCCGCGUCGUGGAUGCGCUCCAUGCUUGGGACGCUGUCGAAACUGUGUCUGCGACGCGUCUACGGCGACGAGGAGAACGAGGAGAUCAGGGGCAUCGCCGAGAUUUCUGGCGUGCCCCUGUACCUGCUGGUCGCCCUGAACAGCCUGCUGGACGUUCUGCUGGGCUGCACUUCUGGCGCGGUUCCCGUGUCGCAGUCCACCAAGUCUAAGUCGAGCUCGUCGUCUCGAGGCGACCAAGGGCUUGCCGAAGACGGCCAGCCGAGGCUCAUGCACUUCAGGACUUUGGACUGGGGUAUGGAUGAGCUUCGCGAUCUGCUCGUCGUGCUGGAAUUCGUGGACUCGUCAUCGGAUGCUCCAGAUCGGGUUAUUGCGAGAUCGAUCACCUACGCCGGUUUCGUCGGGAUGCUCACGGCUGUAAGGAAGGACUUGUCGAUAUCUCUCAACUUCCGCCCGAAUCACGACUCGCACUUCAGUAAGAGCGUCCGUUGGCACCAGCUGCUCGUUGUGCUCGGUAGGCGCAAAUCAAUCAGCUCCAUCGUGCGGUCUACCAUCCUCGAGCCUCUCCAGUCGCACACCAAAGCAAAAGAGUCGCCACAGGAGAACCCUCCCAAAAUCUCAGAAAAGCCCGUCUCGAAAAUCCACGCGCAAGCAAAGACUCUGGCCUCCAUACUAAGCGCCCCUUGCUACCUGAUUCUCUGCGACGGUCGUGAAGCCGCUGUCAUCGAAAAGGACUACAAGACGGGAAGAAUCAGGACUUCGACAGACUUCAUUGCGCAGACGAACCAUGACCACCAGGAUGAAAAGAAGACAUCCCAGGAGACGGACGAGGAGCCCCGCGCGGACCGUCGCGAGAUCAUCACAUCGUCGUUCGAGGUUGAGGGGUGGAUCGACGAGUCGGUAGACCGCCUGGAGUGUAUCGCCAAGAGAUGGAGACGCCACACGCAGAGAGCUCCAGUUAAGAACUCGGCAAUAUCAGCGAACAGCCUACCUGUCGUGGAUGCAGAGCACCGACCCAGUAUCACUGAGGGUACACUGCGCAGGUGGGUUUCACAGUAUCCGACGAUGAACGAAGUGAGCCAUUUUGCGACGAUCAUGGAUCCCACGGCAGGGGAAAUUCGCUGGCUGAGGAGAGGGGUCGUGGAAGGCGGUCAGGAAUAG